ACAUUUUUCUUUUGCAAUGGUUAAUACAAUUCUAUGCUAGUUACGUAGUGGAGUCGAUUCUAGUAUUCCUAUAAAACAUCCAGUAUAUGAAUGGAAUUAUAAUUAUAAUAAAAGACUAAGAGAAAAGAGAGUUAAAAGUUCUCCGAGUUCAAUACUUGUAAAAUCAUAAAUAAAUAAAUAAAAACUUGUUGGUAGAACGUGUCAGCAAAGUUAUCUUCCCCUUGUUUAUAUUGUUUGGCACAAGGGUGCGUUAUAUGCGAAACCUUACUGUUUACGUAUGGCGCACAUGUAGCACUAAUGUUUCCCACAAAAUGGAUUUGCCCGUUAUUGUGCACGAAUUAAGGACUCUAAAUGAACAAUACAAGAAAAGAGUAACUGAUAAAGAACAAGCUACAGCGGUUUAUUGCAAGGGUUUCUGCACGAUCUUACAAAAGUUUCUAGACAAACACAACGACAGCUAUGAAGAGUAUGUUUUCUCCCUGUGUAUUUUCCUCUGCCACUAUGCUGCCAGCUAUGGAGAGCUGGCAGUUUAUGAUUCCAAAGAGAAAAUUUGUCAGCAAUUAUUUAGACUAUGUAUUAAAGCAGUAUUGGAUGUCAAGUGGAGAGAAUUAUCUAAUGAAAAUACAUGUCGGCAGAAGUUCCGAGAAACUGUGGAUGCUGUCCACACACAACUGGAGCGGUUCAAUUAUGGUAAAUUCCAGCUGAUUAAGAAACUGAUGGAGACCCACUGGGAUCAUCCAACUCUUAACCGGAUCAUGGCUGGUGCUGAUGAUCUUGAAGAAAGUGAAGUAAUGGAAUACUUUGCUGAAGAAGACCCCAUGGUGCUAAAAGUCCGAGUUGAGAUGCUGUUAGAUGAAAAUUGUGAAGAAUUUGCCAUGAAUCUUUGUAGAUGGUGUUUUCUUCAUCCUGAACUUGCUGACAAUGUACAGUUGCGUGAGACUCAACUUUUAAUGCUUUACCGUUCUGCAAAUGUAGAAAAACUACAAGAGGAUUGUUCAAAGAUCUCUUGUGAGAUGGCAGUGCAAAUCAUCAAGAAUUUACAAGAUUGUGAAGCACAUCAGGGAUUUUGUGUGAUGAUAGCUCAAACAUUUCUUGUGCAGAAUUGGUUAAGAGGAGUAUCUGCUGAUAGUGGUACCAAGACAUUGUUGAAAUUAUGGAUACGACUCCAAUACCUGGUUGACGGUGAUUUGGACAAGUUUUCUGACAGUGUUUGGGCCAUUGCCAAACUAUCACAACACACUGAACAAAUAACAUUCCUUGUGGAGUCUCUACGAGAAGAGGCUGGAGAUACAUUUCUGCAAUUGAACACCAAUUUAUGUAUCUAUGCUUUCAAUUUGGACAAAGGUUGUUUAGAACAAGCUGUUGCAGAUAAGGAUAUGGAGUUGAUUCUUUGCCGAAAUGUAGCACUUUCCAAAACCAGCCAAAUGAUCAUGAAUCUUUAUGAUGGUCUCAGUCAAAAACUUGCUAAACUGUCAGGACUCACAGCUUUUGCUCUUGAUCCUAGUGAAGAAAAUUUUGAGAUUGUCUACUCAAUAUUCCAUUCUAAUAAUAAUAACUCUAAUUCAUCUUCGUUAGGUGGCAGUAGCAAUCACAAUGAUAUUGAUGGUAGCAGCCCUAAUAAGUAUGUCAACAAACUUACAAACAUGCUUGAUGGCUUGCAUGUAAGUCCAACGAAAGAGGUGAAAAAAUCCAAAGAGAAACAACGGACACAACGCAACAGGCACUCUAUGUCCCAUCGUACUGUUGACAAUGUGGAAUACUGCAAUUUGUCUGUGAAUCCAGCCAAUCUAUAUGAAAUAGAACGACUGCUCAAUAAUAUAUGUCCGUUUCACCUGGAUAUAGAAAUGUCAUUUAGUGAUUUGCAUGCCAUGUGUAUGGAACAUCUGACGCAACAUCAAGAAAUGUUAAUGGUUCUUCAUGAAGAAAGCACUGAUGAAUGUAGUGAAUUUUCUAACUUUGAUGAAGAGCAGCCCCUCUCUGAAGCAGCAGUUCAGAAUAAUGAAACGGCUGCCUUUACUGAACAAUGUUCUCAAGAAAAUGUAAACUCUAAUGUAAUUUUUUCAUCACCUCCUCCACAACCACAUACAGCAACAGCUUCAGUAACAACAGCAGCUUCAGCAACAACAGCAGUUACAGUAACAUCUCAAGAAAAUUGUACUGAACCAGGGGAGGGUUUAGUAGGAGGGCAUCAAGUUGGAACAAAACUAGAAGCUAAGUGUGCUUGUGGCCUUCCCAAAAGCUGCCAGGUAACUGAAGAGGUUUGUAAUUGCAAACAAAAUCUCCCUAAUAAUAGCUGUCAUUUGAAUCAGACGUAUCCAAAUAGUAUCUCUAAUAGAAACCUCUUUGAGGCUUUUAACAAAGAUUUGUCGACACAGCCCUAUGGCAUUCAGUCAGGGGAUCAUCGGCAUUCAAUGUCAGAGGCCUCUAAGAUUCAAAAUGCUUGUGAAAGAGACAUUAAAAACCAACAGGUGAGUCACUGCAGUGGUAGUGGCUUCCCUAAUUGUGGUGCAUCAACUUCAGGCACAUGCAGUUGUGAUAGAUCUGGCAGUGUUCAUACAUGCCUCUCUUUUGAGAGCCAGAUUGAUUUUUCGAACAUUGGUGACAAUUCAUCUUCUUCUUCCUCACUGAUGCAAACACAACAUGCUUCUGAUAAGCUGCAUAAAGCUCGAACGAAGGAUAGUCAUUGCUAUUGUAAUAAAUCAUUACCUUCCAUUUCUGAUGGUAAUGUAAAUGUUACUGCACCCUGCAAGUGCGUAUGUAAAACUAAAACUAAGUCAGGGAAAAAAUCAGACAAGUCUGCAAAAUGUGAUAAAAACCUUCAACAAACAUCUGAAAUCAAAGAUGGCAAAGAUACUCCAUCAAAAAGUUUAUAUGUUUCUAGUGGUAUUAAUGAGGAUAAAGUAAGUUCAGAAAUCCCUACUAGUGAUCGAUUACUUGAAAAACUUCAGUCUUGCAUAUCAUCACUUACUGGAAAUAAUGCAGGUUGCUCUACUGAAAAGUUUUUACUUUCUAAAAUAGAAAAAUCUUACAUUGACCGUUAUUGUCAGUUUCUGAAAUCUGUCAGCCAAUUUGAAAUGGCUUUACUCACGCAACAGAACAGUAAACCAAGUUCAAGGCGAAGAAAGAAUUAUGUUGUGGUGUAUCGCUGUGGAAUUUGUUGUGACUUUUUUGACCAGGUUUCUGAACUGAAAAAUCAUAUUCAAUCUAUUUGUAAAGCUUCUGUGUCAGAUCUUCAGAAUCUAACUGAAGCAGCUACAAUAUUCUGUGCAAAAGAUUCUGCUCUCAGCAAAAUUAAAUUCUUUAAAUGCCUUAAGUGUUUGCAAUACACAUGCACUCGUAAGGAAAUGGAUGACCAUUUGAGACUGUGUGGCGUACCCCUAGUAAAGAAAACUUCCAAAUCAACUAAUACCUCUUCCUUGGCAGAGAAAAGCCAAGUACAGAAAAAACCCUCAUUGACUUUAGAGGAUCCCAAAACAAAAGCACCAGAAAAAGAAGUGCCUAAAAAGCAGCAAGAAGUGGUUCCUUCUGUUCCUGGAACUGAAACAAUCAAUGUCUCAAAGCCAUCCAUUUGCCCUACUGAGGAGCAUUCAAUGAAGACUCCAGUCAGCAAAGAAGGCUCUUCAAGUGAUGUGACAACAUCUCCAGUUAUAAACGCCACCAUGGAGACAACCACAACGAACACUGUCUUCAAAUGUAAAGAGGAACAACUGGAGGUUGAUCCUGAAAACAAAGAGGAUAAAAAACCCAAAGUUAAACAAACGAGCGAAGAAUAUUUCAAGUGUCAGAUCUGCAGUCGUCUGCUGCUUGGCCCACAUCGACUUAGACUUCACCAGGAAGCUUGUAAGAAAAGGAAUGACAUCAGAAGACGUAUUAAAAAAACAAAUAUAGUGAAACCUUUAGUCAAUAUAAAAACAGAAGUUGUGACACCUGAUUCACAAGCGACAGAAGGGUCUACAUCUCAUCCACAAAAUAAUCUUACUACAGUGAAUACAACCAAAGUGAACCAGACAACUGUUACAGGUACCAGCAAAGUAGAAGACGCACCUUCUACUAUAGCAAACUUGCCCCAGCCAGAAAAACCUAAACAUUGUCCUGAUUGUGAACGUAUCAUCAAGUUACGUAAAGUCUCCCAACAACUGAGCUUAUCAGAAGCUCAAGUAAAAAUUGAACCAACUGAAAUUACUGACAAAAAUAACUCCCGUUCAGUUUGCAGUGAAGAAGAAAUUCCUAAUCAACCAAAUAGUUCUGUGCAGAAUUCCUCAAUGGCCCAUCAGGAAGUAGAAAGUAAAGCUGUGAAAACAGAUCAACCAGCAACUAGCUCUCAUAGAUCCAACAUGAACAAUGAUGAAUGUAUUAAGAGAACAAUGCUUCAGAUUAAGUCGGAAAUGGAAAAUCAGUUCUUACCAAGGAAACCAGUCAAACCAGAUAAACCUUUGCAAGAUUCUCCCCCUGUUGUUAAUAAAGUCAUUGAAACCAUUGAGACAAAGAGCGUUGUGAGUGAAGAUGAUCUGCUACUUGUUGGUGAUAGCACAAUGACGAUGUCCCCAAGUAGAAAGAUGCGUAUUUUAUCACCAUAUUGCCGAAAAUGCGAUUUCCAUUUUCGCAACCGUUCAAAUUUUGUAAAGCACCUUGCCAUUACUCAUCUCCAACCAUACACUAAGGAAACCGUCUCUGAAUUGAGCAAGCCUAUAGUGAUAUUUACUUGUGUAUAUUGUCAGAUUGCUUUUCGAGUUUGGUUUAAAUAUAUCAAUCACAUUCCCAACCAUGCGACACACAUUCUUAAAGAGCUGAACUGUCGAUGGAUUAAGGAAACAUGUCAAGAAGAGAAAACUGCAGUUGUUAGUGGCAAGGGAGCCCAAAAAAAGACACAGUUAAAACUUGUAUGGCCACCACCAGAGGAAGAAAUUGGGUCCUUUCUUAAAAGAAAACGAAGAAAACCAUCGAAAAGAAAGUUUAAUCGAAAUGCAAGCCUAAGUAAUAUUUCUCAAAGCACUAUAUCAAAUUUCAUGUCAGCCAGUUGUGAUGUUGAUAAUAAAACUAAACAAGAUGUUCUGCAUGUUAUGCACAAUCUUCUGCAAAGUAUUGUUGGCAUAAAUGAUCAAGUUCUAGCAAAUAUUGAUAGUGUGUCUUAUGCUAACAAGAAAUCAGUAAUGGAGACAUCUAAAGAGACAGCUGCUCAGUUGUUGCCAGAACCUUGUAAAUCACGAUUGUCACAAAAUAUUACUGCCAAAGAUAUGUAUGAAAUUUCUACAAAUACAGCUUCAAUGGAUGAAACUGUUCAGCAAACAGCUGCAUCUUUCAUUGAAGAUGUAACGUUGUGUAAAACUCCUAUAACAGCUAAUGAUAAAUCUGUUGUAGUUAAAGAAGACCAGGAAUUACCACUAUUGUCAGAUACAAGCCAGAGUAAACCAGAUAAACUGACGCUUGAUGUAAAUAGUGGCAAUUCUGGUGAUAAGGCGUUGUCUACUUUAAUUGAAGGCAGUGUAAAACCAGCUAGUACAGACCCAUCCACAAACAAUGUAACCAAAGCCUGUUUGUCAACAGUUUCUUCUGAGUCAGGAGAUAGUACAUCAUCUACUUUAGCUGAUAGCAACAAAAAAACAGCUAGUACAGAACCCAUCACAAACAAUGUAGUCAAAUCUUGUUUGCCUGUAAUCACCAGUGAGUCAGGAGACUGUCUCAAAGUAACCAAUACAUUGUCUGCAGAAGCUGUGAAAGCAGGCAGUUUGGAUAACAUAAAAUUGAAAUCUGAUGAGAGAAGUCAAGAACUGCCAGUAAAAGAUGCAUCACAGCCUGCACCAGAGACGCUUAUUCAUUCUACCACAAAACAAUCAGUGAAGAUGCCAAUUAUAUCCAGUAUUACACCUGAACUUCAGAAAAUAUGCCGGCUGACUAUGGAUAACAACUCUUUGUCACCAUCUCAGUGUUCAGCACUGGCAGUAACAACCCAGUCAGCAUUAUCAGUUAACAAGACAGCCACUUUGCCACAAGCUUCAGCCAUCAAUCCACCAGAUCCGUCCACUGCAACAUUUGACAAGACCUCUGUGUUGCCAACAUCACAAAAUCUUGAAAUGCAGUUGUCUCCUGCUUCAGACAAACCGACGAGAGAUUUAUUUGCUCUAAAUAAUAUACAGGUUCCAAAUUAUUUGUCAUUACCUGCCUUAACAUCAUCACCUCCAACUUCUGCAUUAAAUAUACAAUCGUCUUCCAUUUCAAAACUUCAACCAAGGUUCUGUCCUAGUUCAGAAGCUUCUGUUUUAAUGUCUUCAUCUAAAUCUGAUGUAUCAUCGUCACCUUUAACUUCUUCUGUUACUGACACUUCUGAAGUAGCUAACACAUUGCUACCUCAGUCAGUCACUCCAAACCAAACCUAUUCUUCUAAGCAAACUGUUGUCUCUAAAGCUAUUUCUCCAGUAUCAUCUACUCAUUUAACUCCAUCUUCUUCUCACUCUGUUCCUUUUAGCUCUGACACACAAACUUCACUACCCAGUACAUUAGGAUCUAGUACCUCACAAACUACUCCUCACUCUCUAAAUAGUCCCCAGGUUUGCACUGCUACUUCAAGCAAAUACACUCUCCCUCAUCUAGAUAUAUCGCUUGCACCAGUAAAACACCAAACUCCCAUUUCUUCAUUAGAUCCCAAGAUUUUGGUCCCGUGUUUAUCUACAAAUAUUAUUACUCCAACUCUUACUGAAACAUCAACCAAUAUCUCCUCAUCAAACCCAAAGGUUUCAGUAUCAACUUUAUCUCCAAAUACCAAACUUGUUUCUUCUACUCCAAUUCCACUUGGUCCAGACUCAUCAAAAAGUACCCCACUACUAGUUUCUAAUUCAUCAUCAGACACAAUGUCUGAAGUACCUAGUGUCAGGGUUAUUCCAUCUGCCACUAAAAUUCCAGAACUUAGCUCAUCACCUAAUACUAAGGCUCCAGUAUCCAACUCCUCAACAUUCACUUCCUCUUCUGCUACUGAUACUUCAACUCUUACCUCUUCCUCUACUAUGAUCCCAUCAUCUCUAGCGGCCAGCUCCUCAUCUACUACCAGUACUCUAAUACCAAGUUCAUUACAUAUUAAUGAUAAUAGGGCAUCUGACAUCCUCCCUGUUAUCAAGACUUCAGUUUCCAGUUCUUUGUCUUCUACUGAAACUGCAGUUGCCAACACUUCUAUUUCUGGUUCCUUGCCUGCCACUGACACUCCAAAAUCGUGUUCGUCAUCUGAAACCUCAUCUUCUAGUUCAUUUCAUAAGCAAAAUUUUGAUGCUCAGAAUAGCUCCCUAGGACUCAAAACCAUACUGCAAACUGAUAGUUUAUCUCAUUCUCUCGCUCCUGCAAAGAUAUUACCUGCUGUUUCUGAAAACAAUUUGAUGGUUUCUCGUUCAGUUACUCCCACUAUCUCAACUAAUUUUUCUCCUCUUCUUAAGAACUCAACUAAUAAUUCUGCUGCCAGUUCUCUGUCAGUUAUCAAUAAUCACUUGGCUGAUUCUUCUGGUACAUCAUCCCUUGUUCCCAUUGUUUUGGUUAGUCCUGUUUCUGCAUCAAGUUCUAACACCAAAGCAUCCAGUGGUAGUUUUGUACAACCCCCAACUCCUAGUCCUUCAGAUCUCAACAUUUCCACAUCUAAUUCUUCAAGUUCCAAUGUCAACAUUAUGAGUAAGUCACCUCCAACUUCCAGUCCUACUGUGACUGAAAAGACUCCAGUUACCAUCUGUGUUCCAACUGAAAGAGAUCCCCAACCUAUCUCUACUUCUGUAUCACCCAUUUUUACUUCUCCUACUGCUCCUUUGAAGAUAUCUACUCCUAUUCCCAGCUCCACUUUUACAUUGAAUUCUUCUGAUCUACAAACUACAAAAAGAAGUACAUCUGAUACCAAGACAUUAGUUACUGACUUGUCUUCAUCUUCAUGUACACCCAAUGUAUCUGAAUCAUUGCCAUUAACCUCUGGUAUUACUGCUUCUAGUUCAUUGUCAACAUCUAAGACUUCAAUUCCCAGUUCAUCUGAUCCACAACUUUUGUCACCUGGACUAAAAACUAUUAGUUCAAGUGCUGAUACAAAGCCACUAGCACUUAAUGAUCCUAAUUCUAUGAAAUCAAGCACAAGUGGUAGUUUCACAACCUCAUCAGACAGCAAAUCUCUUGGCACCAAAACCUCAGCUCCUGACUUGACUGAUAGUCCUAAAAUCUUGGCUUCCAGCUCUAUCAAUAGCCCCAAGAUCUUGGUGCCCAUUUCUUCUGAUGGUCCCGAGAUGUUGGCUUCUAGCUCUUCUGAUAACUGUAAGACCUUAGCACCCACCUUCGCUGAUACCUCUAUCACAACAGCUUCCAGCUCUACUCAUAAUCCUAGAACUUCAACUGAUUGUCCAAAAACAGAUAAUUCUAAGAUGCUACCUACCAGUUUGACUACUAAUACCACUUCUACUUUACCUAAAGCACUUGACUCAGUUUCUUCUGUCACCAAACUGUCUUGUACAGUUUCAUCCUCCACUCCCAACUCAGUAAAAUCUACCAUUCUCAAAACACUGCCACCUAACAGCACAUCUAUUAAAACAAAAUCACUUGAUACCUCUGGACCUCAGAAACCAAUGACUUCCAGUGACUCAUUCUCUAUGACAACACCAGUCAUAUCAGUUUCUGUGACACCAACACCCAGCUCUACAGAUCCCCCUAAGCCUACUUAUUCUCCUUGCACAUCAUCUCCUACUUCUACAGCUAACCCUCAAACUCUGGAUCUCAGCUGUACAUCUGUUCCCUCUAACUCUACAUCAUCCCCCAAGGCACCAGCUUCUCACUCUACAUUUGUCUCCAAAGCUCCAGUACCUAGUUCUACAUCUUCCCCUAACAUACCAGUCUCCAGCUCUACAUCUGUCCCCAAAACUCAAUCACUCACCUCAACAGCUGUCUCUAAAACACCAGCCCCCAUUUCUACCAUUUCCUCCAAAACUCCAGCACCUAGUUCUACUACUACCCCCAGGACACCUGACUCUAGUUCCACAUCUGUCCCCAAAAUGUUAGCACCUGGUUCUACAACUCCCCUCAACACACCCAUCCCUAAAACUCCAACACUCAGUUCUACACCUAUCUCCAAAACAACAACACUCACUCCUACAGCCACCUCUAAUUCAUCUGCUCCUAACUCUGUUGCUUCUCCAGCACCCAGUGUUAAAGCCACAUCUACAGCACCAACCCCCAACUCUGCAUCUCUCCCAAAAAUUACAGCACCUAGCACUACCGCUUCUCCCAGCUCUACAUCUACCCCCAAUUCUACAGUUAUCCCUAAGAUACCAACCACCAGCUCUAUAUCUCUCUCAAAAAUUUCAGCAACUAUUACUACCGCUACCCCAAACUCUUCACCUGUUCUCAAAACUCCAGUACCCUGUUCUACAGCUACUCCUAAGACGCCAGUUCCUAGUUCUACAUCUGUUCCUAAAAUCCCAACAAGCAUCUCUGCAGUUGCCUCCAAGACACCAGCCCCCACCACAUCUUCCUUGAAGACAUCACACACAGUCACUACAUCUUCCUCUAAGGCAGCAGCACCCACAGUGACAACUGUCCCUAAAACAUCAACAACUACAAAAAUAUCUACAAUCAAAACUCAAGUGUCUUUCUCCAAGACACCAGCCUCCACUACUGUAGAUCCCCCAAAGACACCAGCCUCCACCAUAACAGAUGUCCCGAAAACACCAGCCUCCACCACUAUAGAUGCUGCAAAGACACCAUCCUCCACCACAACAGAUGUCCUAAAGACACCAGUCUCUACUGCAGAUGUCCCAAAGACACCAGCCUCCACCACCAUAGAUGUCCCAAAAACACCAGCUUCCACUACUACAGAUGCCUCAAAGACAGCAGCCUCUACCACAACAGACACCCCAAGAAUGCUAACACCCACAACUUCAUCUGCUCUCAAAACAACAGUGCUCACCUCUACAUCUUCCUCCAAGUCUUUAACUCUUAACUCUACAUCUAACACUUCAGAAACUACCACUACAACUCUUUCUAUGAUUCCACUACCCAGUUCAAACUCUCAACACAGUACUCCAACAUCAAUUUCUACUUGUAUUCAAAAGAAUUUAGCAUCUAGCUCUACAUCUUCCCCACAGGUCCCUUCACAUAGCACUAAUUCUACCCACAAGGCUUCACCAGCCAGUAUUGUUUCUACAACAAAGACCUUGGCUGCCAAUACUGCAUCUGCACUCCAGAUCAAACCAAUAGCACCCACUUCUACAACUACCCCCAAGCCACCAGCAGCCACCUCUACAACUACCCCCAAGCCACCAGCAGCCACCUCUACAACUACCCCCAAGACACCAGCAGCUGCCUCUACAACUACCCCCAAGACACCAGCGCCCCCUUCUACAACUACUUCCAAAACAUCAACACCCAUUUCUACAGCUACUUCCAAGACAUCAGGAUCUAUCUCUACCACUACCCCCAAGACACCAGCACCCACUUCUACAUCUACCCCCAAAACACCAGCAUUCACCUCUACAACUACCCCCAAAACACCAGCACCCACUUCUACAACUAAUCCUAAGACACCAGCAACUACUUCUACUAUUACAAACAAAACACCAGUAAUCACUUCUACAUCUUCCCCCAACACAUCAGCAUCCAUUUCUACAGCUGCACCCAAGACAGCCAUCCCAAGCAUUACAGCUGUCUCUAAGACACCGGCAAUCAGCUCUACAAUUGCUUCUAAGUUACCAGCACCCAGCCCUGCAUCUGCCUCUAAAACACCAGUGCUCACCUCUACAAUUAUUCCGAAGUCACAAGCCCCUGUCUCUGCAGCUGCCUCUAAAUCAGCAGCACCCAACUCAACCUCUUCCCCCAAUACACCAGCACCCACCUCUACUUCUGCUCCAAAGACACCAGCACCCACUUCUACAACUACUCCCAAUACACAGGCCUUCAGUUCUGUAUCUUCCCCUAAGAGCCUGGCUCCCAGCUCUACCUCUUCUCCCAAGACUCAAGCACCAACUUCUACAACUACCCACAAGACACAAACACCUAGCUCUUCUUCAACCUUACAAACAUCAUCACCCAAUUCAUCUUCAUCUACAACACCAACACCCAUUUCUACAAUACCAGCACCCACUUCUACAACUACCCACAACACAUCAUCACCAACUUCUACAUGUACCCCCCACCUUCCAUCACCAAACUCACCACCUACUCCUAGCACACCAUCACCUAGCUCUUCAACUCUCAAAACCUCAACACCCAGCUCUUCUUCGGCCCCCAAGACACCAGCAUUCAGUUCUACAGAUACCCCCAAAAUACUAGCAUCCAACUCUACAGCUAAAUCCAUAUCACCAACCACUACAGCUGUUUCUAGGGCCCCAGCUCUCAGCUCAACAUCUGCUCCCAAGACACCAGAACCCACCUCUUCAGCUAUCACCAAGGCACCAGCCCCCAGUUCCACCUCUACCAAGGCACCAGCCCCCAGUUCCACCUCUACCAAGGCACCAGCACCUGCCCCCAGUUCUACAACUGCUCCCAAGGCACCUGCCCCCAGUUCUACAACUGCUCCCAAGGCACCUACCCCCAGUUCUACAACUGCUCCCAAGCCACCAGCACCCAGUUCUACAACUACUCUCAAGGCACCAGCCCCCAGUUCUACAUCUAGCACCAAAACACCAGCCCCCAAUUCUGCAACUACUCCCAAGACACCAGCCCCCAGUUCCACAUCUAACAUGAAAACAUCAACCCCAAAUUCUACAUCUACUCCCAAGGCACCAACUACUACCACUAUUUCUACCAAAACACCAACUCCCAGUUCUGCAACCACUCCCAAAGUUCCAGCACGUAGUUCUACUACUACUACUAGCAAAACACCAACCCCCAGUUCUACAUCUAGUACCAAAACACCAGUAAGUAUUACAACAACCCCCAAGACGCCAGCACCCAAGAUAGCUACAGUCACCUCUACAACAACUUCUAAAGCUUCAUCACUUAGCUGUACCUCUUCUCCUGCAGUACCCAGUUCUACUUCAACCUCCAACACACUCCUAUCCAAGUCUCCCCUCAAAUCUACUGUGGCCCUUUCCAAUACUACAUCCAAAUCUCUGGCACCCAGCUCUGCCUCUCCUUCCUCUACCACUAUUACUGUUGCAUCCAAGACAACAGUGCCUACUUCUACCACUGCUUCUAAGACAACAGUUUCUACUUCUACCACAACUCCUAAGACUACAGUUCCCAUUUCUACCACUACUUCUAAGAUCAUAACUCCUAUUUCUACCACUACUUCUAAAACUACAACUCCUACCACUACUUCUAAGACUACAGCUUCUACCUCUAUCACUACUUCUACCAUUGCUUCUCCUUCCUCUGCUAUUGCAUCGAAAACAACAGUGCCUACUUCUAAGGCUACAGCUCCUAUUUCUACUAUUGCUUCCAAGACUACAACUACUACCACCACUGCUAAGACAACACCUCCUACUUCUACCGUCACUGCUAAGACUACAGCUCCUACUUCUAAGACAACACCUGCUACUUCUACCGCUGCUUCUAAGACAACAACUCCUACUUCUACCACUGCUUCUAAGACAACAACUCCUAUUUCUACCACUGCUUCUAAGCCAACACCACCUACUUCUACCACUGCUUCUAAGACAACAGCUCCUACUUCUACCACUGCUUCUAAGACAACACCCCCUACUUCUACCACUGCUUCUAAGCCAACACCCCCUACUUCUACCACUGCUUCUAAGACAACACCCCCUACUUCUACCACUGCUUCUAAGACAACACCCCCUACUUCUACCAUUGCUUCUAAGACAACACCCCCUACUUCUACCACUGCUUCUAAGACAACAGCUCCUACUUCUACCACUGCUUCUAAGACAACAGCUCCUACUUCUACCACUGCUUCUAAGACAACACCCCCUGCUUCUAGCACUGCUUCUAAGACAACAACUCUUACUUCUACCAUUGCUUCUAAGACAACACCCCCUACUUCUACCACUGCUUCUAAGACAACACCCCCUACUUCUACCACUGCUUCUAAGACAACAGCUCCUACUUCUACCACUGCUUCUAAG